UUCAUAAGGCCAGCACGUCGGCCGACAGUUGGCUGAUACAUUGGCAGAUGCAUUGGUAGAAUCGGAUUAUUUAUCUUUACUGCUGUGUCUGCACUCAGAUCCAGCCAUUUGCACCACCAAGUUCACGGGCACCUCCCUUACACUCAUCUGCUGUCAGCAAACCUAACACUUUGAAUUCCACUUAUAGUGGAAAAGGUCCCUUGAGGAACUUGAAUACUUGAAUUAAUACAUAUUGUAAAGGUUUGAAGUUGUGAUAAAGAGUUAAUAUUCUUCGUAGUGCUGGGAUGAGAUGGAAGAACGUCUCACAUCACCUCCUCCUGGUCCAGAUAGUGACAGAGAGAAAAAGUACACUCGUCAAGUGAUAGAUGAGACACUUCGUGCUUCUGCGCUCGCUCCAUGGGGAGCCAGAGUCUACGAGUACGACCUGCAAGUUGGAGAAUUUGUGAUUCCUAAAGAGACCCCCAUUCUUCUUCCCUUUGGAGUUGUAUUACAGGAACAGAAUUUGUGGCCAGAGCCGAAAAGGUUUGAUCCAGAUCGCUUUAGCCCAGAGAACAUCAAACAGCUUCCAAGCCUUGCCUAUCAGCCUUUUGGAUUCGCUGGAAAACGCAAGUGUCCCGGAUGGCGAUUCUCGAUCGCGGAGGGACUGGUGUUCCUGUCUGUUCUUAUCAGACGCUUCAAGUUCCAUCUUGUUGAAGGACAGGAAGUGAAACCGGUUUAUCGCCUUGUGACGUCACCAGCUGAGGAGGUCUGGGUCACAGUGACUGAGAGAUGAAUCAUCAAUUCAACUUUCUUUUAAAGGCCGACACUUAUGAUUUGACGUUUGGCUGCAGGUUUGUUWACUUGCGUCAUAGACGUUUCUUUGUUCCAUUGAAGAAAAAAUGGGUGCUGAGACAAUGCCGCACAAUACUCCGACAAAAACAUCAAUUAUAUUGGCCAAAAAUAGAAUGAAAUUUAAUUGAUUAAUUUAUAAUGAUAAUAUUAGUAGUAUUAAUAACGAUGUGGAUGAUGAUGAUAAUAGAUACCAUGACAACAAUAUUUCAAGAAGAUCCCAUUCGCAAAGGCGGUUGUUAGAGGGACCUUCAGAAAUAAAAAAACCAAAAAGCGAUAUAAUUCAAGAUAAAGGCCAAGUUACCAAUGUGAACUGAUGGGGUUAUUUGCGCGUGAAACUAACUGCAUUUUGAUCGAAAGUUGAAUAAUUUUCUCGUGAUUUAAAUGACGAAUAACGAAAAAAAUCGGUAUAUUUUGAGAUGCACACAUGUUUAUGUGAUUUUUACCAAAAACUUGGAAGCUAACUCUCAGGAAUGAGAGUUCCAAAGCGAGUUAAUGCCACCAAGCGACAAUGAAGGGGUCACGAACAAUUGUAAUUGGUAUGUUGUCGCAAGGAGAUAAAGAAAAACAAAAGCUCAAAUGUAAUGGUCUUGACCGUAGUCUUGACAAUAAACUUUUUUGUUGAAGGGUUUUGAUGGCUGUGUUUUGAGGAACUCUUGCAUAAUAAAAAAUUUAAAUUGACAGAA